AGUAGCGGUCUUUUCGCGGUGCGGGACGGUCAGAGAGAGAGAGAGAGAGAGGGCGCUAUUAAGUCCGGUCUGCCCUGCCGGUCAGUGAACAUAUAAAGACAAACUAAAAACAAAUCACACACGCACGCGCUCGAACAUCCGAGAUACGUUAUGACUACUACCACGCCGGUUCCUGUGGGAAUAGUGACGCUCGGGGGCGACGUGAACGACUCGACCACGCACGACCAGGUGGACCGAAUCAUCCACCGCCGGGAGAUGGAGUGCCUUGUGAUGCUCAAUAGCUCGACUAUGGCAACGCCAGUCUCCGAGCUGUACUGCCCCGGCACAUUCGACGGCUGGUCUUGCUGGCCGGAUACACCUGCAGGAACGUCCGUGCAGGUUCCGUGUCCGGAGUUCAUCACCGGCUUCGACCCCAGCCGCAUGGCGCACAAGGAGUGCAACCCCAACGGCACGUGGUACCGGCACCCCACGUCCGGCCACGUGUGGUCCAACUACACCACGUGCAUCAACCUGGACGACCUCAACUGGCGGCAGCACGUCAACCGGAUCUACGAGAUCGGCUACUUCAUCUCCCUGCUGGCGCUGCUGCUGUCCCUGUUCAUCCUCUACCACUUCAAACACUUCCGCGUCGAGAGCGCUCGCUUCGCGACCCGCGACACCUUCUGCGCGCGGAGCUACCUCCCGGUGCGCUUCACUGUCAGUAGUUACGUCGAGAGCCUGCGUUGCGCGCGCACCACGCUGCACAUGCACUUGUUCGCCUCCUUCGCCGUCAACAACGCCCUGUGGCUGCUGUGGUACCGCCUGGUGGUCAACCACCCGGACGCCAUCAUGAACAACGGGGUGGAGUGCCAGGUGCUGCACGUGAUACUGCACUACUUCCUGCUGGCGAGCUACGCGUGGAUGCUGUGCGAGGGCUUCUACCUGCACACCUUGCUGGUGAACGCCUUCAUCUCCGAGUCGCGGCUCGUCAGGUGGCUGUGCGUGCUGGGCUGGACCGUUCCCGUCCUCAUCAUCGUGGUGUACACGGCCUUGAGGGCGGCCGGCCCGGGCAAGGAUACCUCCGAGUGCUGGAUCAACGAGAACAGGUACUCGCUGGUGCUGGCGGUGCCCGUGUGCGUGUCCAUGGUGCUGAACCUGGGCUUCCUGUGCAACAUCCUGCGCGUGCUGCUGGUGAAGCUGCGAGCCGCCCCCCACGUGGGCUCGGCGCGGCCUUCCAGCACGCUGCUGCAGCGCCAGCACGUGAACGGCCGCGCCGUGUUGCAGGCGGUGAGGGCGACGCUGCUAUUGGUCCCGCUGCUCGGGCUCAACUACCUGGUGACCCCCUUCCGGCCGCCACCCGGACACUACUACGAGAAGACCUACGAGGUCAUAUCCGCGACCACCGCCUCCUUCCAGGGCCUGUGCGUUGCGAUAAUGUUCUGCUUCUGCAACGGAGAGGUGGUGGCGCAGGUCAAGCGGAAAUGGCAGCACCUCAUGUUCCGGCCGCGGGCGAACUCUUGUACCGCAACCACGGUUUCGGUACGUCAGACAACUUCUCGACUGCUGGCUUGUGACCACGUUCGUUGAAAACGGAGCCGGAUGUUUGGUCAAGUUCUGUUGAAACCAUCUUGAAGAGCACUCUACAAUAGACUGACAUAUCUGGACAGCCAAAACUAGUAAUUUAGGAUGGAUCUCCUCCUACCAGUUUGUUCUACAUGACACUAAAAACCUGGAAGGUUCUUGGAAUAGUUGUAGUUUACUGAUGCCUUCUAGCUGGUACAUGUCCAUUCAAGAAUUUUCUGAACUUUUUUUUUAAUUUUCAGGAACGUUAUCAAACCUCCUGGAAAAUUCUAGAACAUGAUAAAACCUUCCAGAAGAUUCUAUAACAUUCUGGAACAUUAAAAAACCUUAUGAAAAAUUCUAUAACAUUAUGUAAAAUUACUGCAACUUCAGCUCAACUCCCAGAUGCUUCGCAGACUUCCUAUUGGUGUAAUUUUGAGGACAACAUUCAAAUGCCUGUUUUAAAUAUAUAAAAAUAUUACUUUAUAAAUAUGCUUACUAUAUUAUAAUAUUGCCUACAAAUUCUUUUAAUUACCAAAGAUAAAUAUUUGUUGCAAGAUGUACAUAUCAUUGUGGGAAUAAGUCAUAAUAGCGGACAGUGAAAUGAGAUGUUUGAAACCCCAUUUAAUUGAAUAUUAUACGAGCUAUGGCAUGCCAAAAAAAAGUUAGCAUAAUAAUCACCAAAUAUGUAAAAUUUGCCUGUUUCAAAUUUUCAUUUAGUAAAUAAAUGGCCAUAAAAGAUCACAUAAUAACUUAAUAAGAUAAUAAAAACAAAAAUUAUUACCAAAACUGAUAUUUAAAAUGUUGGUUCAGGGUCUGGUAAGUUAAAGGAACCACACAGGCCUGAUAAUUAAAGUCCAAGGCCAACACAAAUAUGCCAAAAAACAUUCAAUUUUUGAACUUAACACAAUAAUUCGAACUGAACCAAACUGUGUAAAUUUAGAACUUCGCCCAGAACUACAGAGAAGACCAUCGCACGGCAUUACCAGUUAUCAAAAACUUAGCUUUUGACAAAUUUGAAACACUAGCAAACAUAAAAAAAAGAAACCUGAGAGUCGGAGAAGGCUUAGAAAUAAACGGUCCCAUAAAAAAAAAUGUACCAGUUGCAAUUGUAUACAGUAGAACCCCGAUUUAACAAAGUGCUAUGGUUACCGAAAAUUUUUACUCUAAAUUGAUGUUUCGUUAAAUCCGAUUUACCGAUUUUCAAUGACCCCCGCACUCAUAAUUGCGUCCCUACGUUUCCAUAUCGUAGACAGGGUCGACGCUGAUAUCUUGUGCUGCCGUGCUAUCUCAGACUUCGUCAACUUUACAUCUUCAACGUCUUUUAAUCUCGCUCGUACGGCCCCCGGUUCGUACGUACACCUCGGUCGUACAUACAGAUUUUCAGAAACCGUGAAAAAUGAGGCAUAAAAUAAAAGUUUAAAAAUAUGUAAAGUGUAAGAAAUACGUUAAAGUGUAUUAAAAUACAGUCGCAACCUGCAGCGUUUAUAACAAAUACGAGCUACAUACACAUUGCGUCACAGUAAAAAAUAAAAAAAUAAAAAAAUUGGCCGCAAAUUGAUGGAAAAUUUCCGUCAAUAGCGCGCCGUACGCGGAGAAAGGUCAUUGUACUCGGUCAGCUGCUAUUACGGCGCGGCGUAGCCGCCGGCUGACUCUCUUUGUUCGCUGAGCAGCGCAGCACUUAUAAAAAACGUAUUCCAAAAACUAAACACCGUGCACAAAGCUCUUACUGAGAAUAAUAAAGCUGUAGCAAACCGUAUGUAUUCGGUACUGAGUAACAGGUGCGGCAUCUAGUAACGAGUAACGAAACGUUACACACGACUGCAUCUCGUUACUCGCAUUUUUCGUAUGUUUUACGCAUGCGCGCGCAUAUUCGAUGAAUUUGCGUUACAAAGAACGAUGUUUGUUUAUUAAUUAAAGUAUAAUUUGGAAAUUCGUCGUCAAAGUUUUUUACUGUUUAUUAAAGGUAUUGUGUGUGUAGACAAAGUUUGAGAUUGGAACAGAAACAA